CCAGAAGAGUACGAGGAGCCAUAUUCGGAUGCCAAGAUCUGUGGCCAAACCUUCCGCUAUGGCAGCUCCCCUUCAGUGGACAGGCAUCUGGAGUGCAGUCCUCGCCCUCCCCCCAACAAACGCAUGGAGUUCAUCUACAUGCCUCCAAGCCAGCAAGUGAAGGAGAACGAAACCGCAUCCCUGGGGGUAAGAGUGCUGGAGCCUUCGCUUAGCUUGCCUGCUACCCCAGACAAACACACAGCCUGGACCCACGGAUCCCCCCUGCCCGCUCUGGAGGAAAAGAGAUUACAACAGCCCUGUUCCACUCAAGCCAACAUCGUCCCUAUCAACGUCUCAGGUAGAGUAGAUCGUGGCUGCGUGCGGGCGUGCAUGUAUGCGCCAAGUGGAAGUAGCAAUGGGCCCAUCCUCAACCCACCGGCCACCAUAGCCGAGUCCAUCUCUUGCAAUUUUGUCCCUGACGUGGUCAAUGGGAGGAGCUCCACUCGCCAAGCCCGUUCUCCUCAUUCCCGGCCCCAGCUGAGAAAGACCUUCAGUGAUCUUGGAGGGGUCCUACAGGGACGAGGUUGCCAAACCCAAGCAGGCCGUGCUGAGAACUCCAAGGUGAUGUAUGCCAGCCCAUUGUGCAACGGCCCCAGAGAGGACUCCGUCUUCUCCCCUGGUUGUGGCACAUCCUCCUUCUGCUACACCAACUCGCCUGCGAGUCAAAACCAGGUGGCAGCAGAGAGCGCCUCUGCGAUGUCUCCUUGCACACCUAGGGACACUCCAGAGGCCAAUCAGCCAUCUUCCUUCUUCAUCAGCCAAGACAAUAUAUCUGGGAGCAACGAGUGUGGGACGUUUUGCGCUUCUCCCGAGUCACCCUUGGAGGCUGAAGGAAGCUCAAGGUGUGGAAGAAGAGACCUCAAAGUCCCCAUGGCCCUUGUCAACACAAGCGAAGAGGAACCUUCCCAACUGGAGAGGGAACGAAUCAUGUGCCGGUUCCGCGAGAGGUCGCUCUCUGUCCCUACGGACACAGCCUCCCUGUGCUCAGUGGACAUUGGGGGCAGUGAGACCUGUGGCCUUAGUUAUCCCAGCGCCAGUUCAGAAGGGAGCACGAGCACCGAUAACCUCUCCCUGGCUGUGGAGCAGGAGGCCCGGAAACAACGCCGACAACGGACCAAGAGCAUCUCCCUCAAGAAGGCCAAGAAGAAACCUUGUCCACCCACCCGCAGCGUCUCCUUGAUCAAGGAAGGGCACGUCAGUGAAACCGAAGAGGGCGGUGAGGCACUGCCCCAGGAUCAGAGACCCAAAAGUCUUUAUUUGCUGCCUGACGCCCAGGUCCACCACCAAGUCCAAGGGGACCCGGCGAGGGAAUUGGAGAGCAGGUCAUACGUCCAGCAGGGUUUUGUUCCUGAAUGGAAUUCCGGGGAUCCGUAUUGCUCUUUGUCUGGAUCCAGCACUGCGACUGGGACCACUGUCAUUGAACUGUCCAAAGUACGUGGUAGUUCUGAGUCCCUCCCUUCUCCUUCCAUCUCCCGGGCCACCACCCCAUCUCACCUCUGUGCCGACAUGAGUUUGAAGACCUCUUCCCCGGGGAGGUUGACGGGGGUCAUGUCUCCUUCCAGCGGCUACUCCAGUCAAUCCGAAACGCCAACCCCAACAGUUCCUACAGCUGUGGUCCUGGGUCACGCUCCUCACCAGAGUGGACGGAUGAGGCCCCUCGUGCCGGAGAGGAAAUCUUCCCUACCUCCGGUUUCUCCCAUAGAGCGAAGCCCCAAGUCUCGUCUUUCCUUUGACCUGCCAUUUGCCCCGCCGACACAUCUGGACCUCUCGGGCUUGAAGAUCACACACAAAAGCAAAGCCAAAGUAAGCCGACACCACUCGGAUUCUACCUUUGGAGCCAAGUUGGGCCCCAAACUGAGCCCGGUGCAGCCAGUGAUGCCGAUGGUGACCCAGCUAGAUCUGCGUUCUGUCCGUUUGCGCUCCGUCAGCCGAUCCGAGACUGAGGAUAACCUGGACAGUCUGGAGCUACUUGAGGAACCUGGCAAGAAGAUCCGGCCCCCGGUGGCAGAAAAACCACCCCUCUCCCGAAGGCCACCCAUGCUGUUGCAUAAAACGCCACCGGUCCAGGAGGAGUCCCCUGUGAGCUCCCCGACUUCUCCGGUGGCACCCCAGGAGUUGGUCCCUGCAGAGAACAUUUAUAUGAUGGCCAGGAGGCCAGACCACUUGUGGGGGGCCAGCACAUGGAGCCCCACACAAUCCCCUUCUGCUGAGGGGGCAGCUUCUCCCACCCAAGGCAUCACAGGGACAUUCUUCUCCACUGCACGGAGGCUCUCUGAGGAAAGCUUGGAGGAGGAUGAGCAGACGAAGGCCAAGGUUUUUGAUGAGGCGGUGCCCGGGGGAGAGAGCCGUAAAACUAAAGUCCCACCUCCUGUCCCAAAGAAGCCUAAUGUGCUUUACUUGCCCUUGGCGACUUCCCCACUCCAUCCAGGGCCUUCUCCUGGGGAUCAGAGGUUGCCUCCUAGCCCGGUCAUCAUGCUAGAUGAGGAUUCUGCCUACUCAGAACUGGCCACCUACAAAGUGCCAUCUCCAGUUGCCAAUGAGGUGAAUGUAAGUCCAAUUCCUGCAGACCUGUCAUGGGGAGACAUUCCAGGGAAUUCUGUGGGUUUGAGGAGCAAAGAAAAAGGCUUUGUAAAUGACAAAACAGCCGAGUCCAUAACCGAGGAAGAUGACGAUGUCUUUGUGACAACCCGAACCACAGAAGAUUUAUUCACCGUCAUUCACAGAUCCAAGCGGAAGUUACUGGGUUGGAAGGAACCCACUGACUCCUUUGGCAACCGACCAAAUUCCCAGAUGCCCACCAAGACCAUCGCAGGGCUUGUGAUCAACGAAUGCCCUUCCAGCACAAGCAGAACCUCCAGCAAGAACGAGGACUUUAAGGCUCUCCUUCAGAAGAAAGGGGGCAAAGGAGCCUCAGGCAUCCGAACAUCUGCAGCCGAACUUCUCAAGACCACCAAUCCUUUGGCUCGGAGGGUCAUGACGGAGUUUACCGUGGACGGGACAAUCCCAGGCUCCAAAAUCCAGCCCUGAGUUUCUUUUAAAGAACUCUUCUUUGCAGUCUAUGCCCCUUAUACUUCUCAUCCUCUUCCGAGUUGAUGUUAGGAGUAAGUCUGUUUCCCCUUGAAGCUUCAGCAUUCCUGGUUGAUUUGUUCCCCGCAGCCAAAACUUUUUUCUGGGUUUUUAAUGGGCAGGGAGGAUGGUUGGGUGAAUCAGUGAGGAAGAGGAUGAGGAGAUGACUCUCUAGAUUCAAGAAAAGUGUCUUAAAUGAAGAGCACACCCAUCAUCCCUCGUGGAACUUGCCCCACACUUCUCCUCUUAAGAGACCGAAUUUUUCUUUCCUUUCCUGGGUUAGACCAAGAGAACUUGCACAAUGGAUGUAUCUAGAAAGGGCUACCACAGGUGGGUGUCAGAGUUAGGCCUUUCCUCCCUGAUUGCAUGAGGAACAAAAUCUCUCUCCUUCUCCUUCUCUCUUCCCUUCUUUCUCUCUUCCCUUUUUGCUCACUUUCCUUCUUUCUCUCUCUCUCUCUCUCUCUCUUUUCUUUUUCCAGGUGUACAAAAUUGGGAGCUCCUCAUGUUUGAUUUCUUCUCCGCAACAGCUAACUUGGAACUGUCCAGUUUCUUUGGCAUGUGGUACUUUUAAGUGCUUGUAGGAUUAUAAUAUGCAGCUGUUGUGGCUUUUCUUCUUUUUAAACACACACACACAUAAACACAAAAUCUGGGUUUUUUAUUUUUAAUUUUCAACUUUAGGUUUGCAAAACUUUUUAGGAGUUUUGACCAACGAGUCACUUUAGAGAGACGAGGCUGAAAACUAAGAGUUGUCUUUUGGGUACAAAUGCUUUUGUCCAAUUGAUGAAAUGUUGUCGAACGCAGGUACAGAUGGGGUAGAGCUUGCGUCACAACAAUGCAACACUGCUGUUGUUGCUUGCUCUCCCCUUGAUGGCUCCACACAGAGGAUGAAAACUGCUUAACAGGAUAUCCCUAGGGAGAUACUAAUCUGAAAACUAAUUUGAAAGAGAAUGGAGAAAAAAAGAUGGAGAUAAAUAUUGGUGGGGUUUUUUUCCCCCUCCCUUGUCAAAGCGAAGUUGGAAGAAUUUCCAGGUCUUCUUAAACGAGUUAAUGGGAUUUCUAUAUUUCUGGUCAUGCAGAGGCUGUCCUUUUUCCAUACGUAUUUUGGGAAACUGCAUAGAUCACUACUGGCAAAGAAUUCCUUUUCUCAGCCCUCUCCCCAAUUGUCUUUAAAGAAUACUCCCUGCCAACAUACUGGUGCACUUUGCAUAUUUAUAUAUAACUUAGGGGUCGGCAACCUUAAAUACUCAAAGAGCCACAAAGGUCCUAACCGAAAGCCCU